AUGAAUUCCCUCAUAACUUCGGCCCCUUUGCGGGUUGCAGUACGACCACACUACCUACAUCUGGCUGCUCAAACGUGCUCGGGCAUGACAGUUACAACAUUGAGCUCGUCCUUACGAACCAGCAACUUCAGUCAUACCAAACGCUUGAUCUCAUCUACACACCAAAACCAGAUCAAGGAAUUCUUCCCGCCUCCCAAAGCCCCCAAUGUGAAGGAGGUACAAUCAGCUUGGGUACACCCUGUCUAUACCGAAGCCCAAAUGAAGGAUAUCCAUAUUGCACACCGUGAGGCCUCAAAUUGGUCCGACUGGGUUGCCCUCGGCACUGUCCGUGUUUUCCGAUGGGGCAUGGACAUUGCCACAGGGUACAGACACCCCAAGGCGGGCGAGGAACUUCCUGCUAGCUUUAAGAUGACCGAGUCAAAGUGGUUGACUCGAUUUAUCUUCCUCGAGAGCGUGGCGGGUGUCCCAGGAAUGGUGGGUGGCAUGCUGCGUCAUUUGCGCAGUUUGCGCAAGAUGAAGAGAGAUAAUGGAUGGAUCGAGACCCUCCUCGAGGAAGCCUUCAACGAACGGAUGCACCUUCUCACAUUCUUGAAACUGGCUGAGCCUGGCUGGUUCAUGCGCCUGAUGGUCCUCGGCGCCCAAGGCGUUUUCUUCAAUGGCUUCUUCCUAGCUUACCUGGUCUCGCCUCGUAUCUGCCACCGAUUUGUGGGAUACCUCGAGGAGGAAGCUGUUAUUACAUACACCCGUGCUAUUGAGGAGCUGGAAUCCAACAAGCUUCCAGAGUGGAAUGAUCUCAAUGCACCCGAGAUUGCUGUUCACUACUGGCAGAUGCCAGAGGGUCAGCGCAAGAUGCGGGACUUGCUGAUGUAUGUCCGUGCCGAUGAGGCCAAGCAUCGCGAGGUCAACCAUACACUCGGCAACCUCAACCAGGCUCUCGAUCCAAACCCGUUCCAGACUGAGUACUAUGAUCCUGCGCGUGACCAUCCGUCAAAAGGCAUUGACAAUAUUAGGCCCACUGGGUGGGACCGGAAGGACAUCUUCAAUGCGAAGAACUAA